UCACAGAUCUCAUAUCACUUGGUAUUUCAUGGUUGCCAGUAAUCUUGGUUUCCUCUUGAAGAAAAAUCUGGAUAUUAUUUUUCUGAAGACGACGAAGUAAAUAAACAAGAGAAGGCUUAGCAUCGCGGGAUCGUAGCCUAAGAGCAGGGAAAAAAACGUCUCUUCGACGACAACCAACAGGCUCAGCAGAAAUCGAAACGUCUCAAUAAAAAAAUAAUAAUUGGACUCAGUUGGGCUUUAAAUUCUUUAAUAGCGUGUCUCCGGCGGGACAUAAAAGAGAGGCAGGGAUAGCAGGCCGCGCGGUUCUGGAGUUGCUUCUCUUCCCGUUUUCCAGCUCCCUGAGGUGGCGGCGCUACCCUUCCGCAGAGCCUCCCGGCGCGGCGGGGCUUGACCUCCGGCUGUCUCUCCUCCCCUUCGCGCAGAUAGACAAAGGCUCAGCGCCUCUCUUCGGAUGGGACAGGAAAGGAAUUGUGCAGGCGCCGUCAACCGGGCCGCGUAUCGCCUCGCCGUCGCCUCACCUCUGGAGCCCGGACCCACCUGGCGCGGCAGAGUUCUGCCCUGAUUAUACCUAUUGUUCCAUUCUUUCCUAUUCUUGAAAAUGAAAAGAACGAUUUUAUAUUUACUUUUGCUGGUUGGACUUUUUCCUGUUUCAGCCAGGGAGCGAAAGCUUCCAAGAAUACCUUUAAGUCAAAGAAAUGAUGCUACUUUUCUUGAAAAUGCUUGCAGUAAUAAACGUCUUGACCUUGUGUUCAUCAUUGAUAGCUCUCGGAGUGUUCGCCCUUAUGACUUUGAAAAAGUGAAAGAAUUUAUCUUAACCAUCCUGCAGUUUUUGGACAUUAGUCCUGAUAACACUAGAGUGGGAUUAAUUCAAUAUGCCAGCACAGUCAAAAAUGAAUUUUCACUGAAGACUUUUAAGAAGAAACAGGAUGUAGAGAGAGCAGUGAAAAGGAUGAUGUAUCUUGCCACUGGAACCAUGACAGGAUUAGCUAUUCAAUAUGCAAUGAACAUUGCAUUUUCAGAAUAUGAAGGUGCUCGGCCACUCAGAGAGAAUGUACCUAGAGUUAUCAUGAUAGUGACAGAUGGGAGACCACAGGAUCCAGUUGCAGAAAUUGCAGCAAAAACCCGAAAUUCAGGAAUCCUAAUAUUUGCUAUUGGAGUGGGAAGGGUCGACAUGAACACGCUAAAGUCAAUUGGGAGUGAACCUUAUGAAGAACAUGUUUUUCUGGUUGCAAACUUCAGCCAAAUUGAAUCACUGACUUCUGUGUUCCAAACUAAAAUCUGUGUCCAGCAUAUGUGUAGUAUAACUCAACAUGAUUGUGACCAUUUCUGCAUCAACAUUCCUGGCUCUUAUGUAUGUAAAUGUAAACAUGGAUAUAUUCUGGACUUAGAUCGGAGAAGCUGUAGCAUCCAGGAUCUAUGCGAGACUGAAAAGCAUGAAUGUGAGCACAUAUGUGUAAAUACACCUGGAUCCUAUGUCUGCCAAUGUUAUGAUGGCUAUGAACUUGAAGAAGAUGGGAAGAAUUGUUUCAUUGUGGACUAUUGUGCUUUGAAUAACCAAGGCUGUCAACAUGAGUGUAUCAAUACUGAAGAUUCUUAUUAUUGUCAGUGCCAUAAUGGGUUCGUUCUAAAUCCAGAUAAAAAAACUUGCAAACGACCAGACCAUUGUGCUUUGAAAAAUCAUGGCUGUCAGCAGGAAUGUGUCAAUACAGAUGAAUCUUACUUUUGCCAAUGCAACCAUGGAUUUACUCUUAAUCCGGAUAAGAAAACUUGCAAAAGAAUAAAUAUCUGCAGUUUAGGUAAACAUGGCUGCCAGCAUGAAUGUGUUAGCACUGAAGAAUCAUAUAUGUGCAAAUGUCAAACUGGAUACAUUCUAAACCGUGAUGGCAAAACAUGUAGAAGAAUAGAUCACUGUGCUGAGUUCAAUCAUGGGUGUGAACAACUCUGUCUAAAUACCAGAGAAUCCUACGUUUGUCAGUGUUCUGAAGGGUUCAUCAUUAAUGAAGAUCUGAAAACUUGUUCACGAGCAGAUUAUUGUUUGCUGAAUGACCAUGGCUGCGAACAUUUAUGUGCAAACACUGGAACAUCUUACAUUUGCCAGUGCAUUGAAGGAUAUGUGCUUGAGAGUGAUGGGAAAGCGUGCAAACGUACAGAUCUUUGUAAGCUGGUGGACCAUGGAUGUGAGCAACUUUGUGACAGUGAUGGUGAAUCAUAUGUCUGCAAGUGUCAUGAAGGAUUCAUAUUAAACAAGGAUAGAAGAACCUGCAGAAAUCAAGAUGUCUGCAAGUCCAUUGACCAUGGGUGUGAACAUAUCUGUGUUAAUAUUAAUGAUUCAUAUGUCUGUGAAUGCCAUGAAGGAUUUAUUUUAUGGAAUGAUGGGAAAACAUGCAAAAGAUGUAAUGAAGGCCCAAUUGAUCUCGUAUUUGUGAUAGAUGGAUCAAAAAGUCUAGGAGAAAAUAAUUUUGAAAUUGUCAAGGAAUUUGUCUUGGGAAUUUUGGACUCUCUUACAAUAUCUCCCAAAGCUGCACGUAUUGGUUUGUUGCAAUAUUCCAGCCAUGUUCGCACAGAAUUCACACUGAAACAAUUCAACACAGCCAAAGAUAUGAAGAAAGCAGUGACACAAAUGAAAUACAUGGGGAAAGGCUCCAUGACCGGGCUUGCACUGAAACAGAUGACUGAGAGAAGCUUUACUGAAGCAGAGGGAGCCAGGCGCGUCUCAGCAAAUAUUCCCAGAGUGUCAGUUGUUUUUACAGAUGGACGUGCCCAAGAUGAUGCUUCUGAAUGGGCAGCUAAAGCAAAGCAAAGUGGAAUCACUAUAUAUGCUGUUGGAAUAGGGAAAUCGAUUGAGGAAGAAUUACGAGCAAUUGCUUCUGAACCUGUUGAAAAACAUAUUUUUUAUGCUCAGGAAUUCAAAGCCAUGGAAGAGAUCACUGAAAAACUGCAGAAAAGAAUCUGUGAAGAUCUAAAGGAUUACCAGGAAACAACAAAUCAGCUUCAUUCGAUGAAUUUACUUUCUGAAGAACCUGAAGCAUCUACCUUAGCAAUCACAGAUGUUCUUUCCUGUUCCAAUUUUGCUGUGCAUCAUAAAUAUCUUUUUAAAGAAAAGCAAUUAUGGACAAAAGCUUCAGCAAAUCCUUCAGAUGACAAGAAAACCCUAUGCAAAUGUGAGAAUCUUACAAAUUUCCAGAAUUUUGCAACUACUGAAUUUAGGAAACUAAUUCAGCAACUGGAAGAAAUGUCAAAAAGAAUAGAAGCACUGGAAAAUCGAUUAAGAUACUAAUAAAAUGUCCUUAGCAGCAAUAUACCUUUGUUGGAUAUUUACACACAAGAAAAUAUAUCAAAGUUAUGUAGGUAGGUAUGUUUUGCACAAAAAGGAGAAUUUAUAACUUCAGUAAUUUAGAGUACCAUGUAAUAGUGUAUUUUUGCAUUGACUAAGAUAAAAUUACAAACUUUUUAGAAAUAUAAUAAUGUAAAAUAUUAGUAUAAAAGGCAAUUUUUAUUAUUUAGAAAUCUGGAAAGGCCAAUAUUGUUCACUAUUCAUUGUAAUAAUGUACUGACUGGAUGCACUCAAAUGUUACGUUACAAUGGUGUUCUAUGCUUCUCAUGUAGCACUAAUGUUAAUAUCCACAGUAAUAGCAAAUAAUUUCUCUGUGCUUAAACUCUUCCUAUAGCCAGCACUUCUUCCCAUAAGUGAUUGAUAGGGAAUUUGAGAAGUAGUAACCAACAUAUUUAAGGCACAUUCCCUACGUUCAUGUUAACCACUAAGUAUUGAUAUAUGGGAUAGGGUUUGGGGAUAUAAUGUAUAAAAUGUUAUUUUAUUGCAAGAAUUAUAUACCAAAAUUUUGAAUAUCUUAACUUUAUAAAAAAAAUCCUCAAACAUAUGUAUCACAGAAGUAUUUUAACAGUGUUGGCCAAUAGAUACCUGGAGGAAUGGAUAGCCAUCAUACGGUGACAUUAAUUCAUUUCAGAAUGAAUUAUAGUAUUAUUUCAGAACAAAUUAAGAAGUGCCUUAGCUGAAUUAUGCCAAAAACAAAUUAUGCCCAAAACCUUUUCCAACCAUCUAUUGUUUUUCUUUCAGUUGUUCAUAAGCUCUUCUGUUUGGCUUCCUUGCUCUAAAUAAAAGGCUGAAUUUGCUUAA